AUGGUACAAGGAGAUCAACCACCACAAGAUGAUAAUUUGUUCAGGGCUUUCGCUCAUGCCCUUUAUACGACGGUAGAUGCACCAGUAACGUGGUUUAGAGAAAAAGUAGUAGAACCUAACCAGAAGAAAUAUCCAUGGUACCAUCGCCAAUAUCGCCGCGUUCCUACUAUCGACCAAUGUUAUUCCGAUGAUCCGGUUUGUGAUUUUGAAGCUAACACGCAGUUUAAACGCGAUAGGGCUGUUGAUUCUGAAAUUCUGAGUAUUUUACGUAUGCGCUAUGAAGAUUGUAUGAUGUAUGAAAGUCCAGAUCACCUUACAAUUUGCAAACCUUUUUGGGAGAAAUAUAAGGAUGCUGAAGAGGCAUGGUUCAUUAAAUAUGGUGAUCUUGGAGCUUAUGCUGAUGCAAGAAAAGCUUUCAUGAAGCAAAAACACCGCAUGGUUUGGGAGAAACACACAUUGAUUUACGAGUUGGAACUACAACAAGAAAUUAAAGAUCACAGAGAUAUGAAGACA